GAUUAAUUUGAAUGAGUUCGUGCUGUUGUCAUCGACCCAGUCUCCGAUUCCAUAGAUUUUUAAAUGCGUGAUACGACAUUUAUUAGCUUCGGGCUGAUCAGCUGCAUUCUAUUUUGUAUGCACCUUCCUAACUGGAAGAAUGAUGCACGUAAAAAGUGAAGUUGGAUCGAAUCUAAUGGUAUCCAGCUCCAGGAUUGCAACUGUGUUAGAUGGACUGAUGUUUCCAUUCGAUGAAACCGAUGAGACUGAGUCUACUGAUGACUUACUUACCAUACUUUCACAUGACUGGAGUAUCAGUGACGUAUCAGAUCAUCAUGACGCUUUGUCACAACGCUUAUCUUUUGCAAACCAGUUCGAAAGGGCUGAGAACAUGGGGGCGCGAUAUCGGAAGACGUCCCUCCAAUUACCGCAAGUAAAGCAUAUCGACAGCUAUAGUCCGAGAUAUAAUCAUGCUUGCUAUCGAAUAUAUCCACAAGGACAAAGAGGUAAUUUGCCAAAUCGUCUUCUCCGUGAGAGAAAAGAUACAGCAAGGAUUCUCGAGUUAGGGGCGACAAGGAUCAGUAACAUCUUGAAGAAAGAUUCAAAAUCGCUGGCAUCCAACCAGAGAAUUCGGCAUAGGAAGAUCGCAAGUCAUGCUACCUCGCGGGAGUCCGAUCCCAGAUUCCGUACAAUGCAUAGUGGCGUAUCGGUGGACUUAGCUACUGGAUCGCCAGACUUUACCCAGGAUGCUUGGAAAAAUUACACCGCAUCGAAUGACAGCACUUACCAAUCAAAUCGGCUUACAGUUUCAACUCCAGAUCCGAAAAAUUGCAGGCAACUCCAUACGGAAAGCAAAUUUACUGCUUGGGAGAGAUGGCUGAUAGAAAAGGAGAAGCAAAGGCGGAAGUUUGCCGAAGAAGAUACACUUAUUAAGAUCAAAAAUCAGGAACUCGCUGAAAAAGCAAAAGCUAAACUGGAGCAGCAGAAAAUCAUGGCGGCGAGGAAAUGGGAAGAAUGGAAGGAGAUGAAGCAAAGGCUUACUUUGGAACAGAAGAAGUCCGAAGAGGAACAACAGAGAGAACGACUUUUCAAGGAGCGCUUAAGUUCCGAAGAGAAGGUAAAAGUUGUGGCCUUCACACAUUUUAUCGCCUUGUUGCUUACUCGGUUGGUCGACUAGUUGAUGUUGCAGGUCUCAUUUGUACAACCUAAGACACCUCAUCCCCAGCAGCUGGAAUCAAUGGAUGUUUUUCGAUGCUAAACAACUGCUGCUGAAUAAAAAUCUUAUUU